AUGCAGAGGUGAGAGCUGUGGGCCUCGGCCGCCCUGACCCUCCUCUCCGCACAGGCCUUUCCACAAGCUGACAUCAGUAUCAGCCCAGCCAUCCCAGAGCUGCCCCAGGCUUCCCUGUGCCCACUGCUCUGGAUGGAGUUCAGAGGCCACUGCUAUCGAUUUUCCCCUCUCAGUAAGACCUGGGCCGAGGCUGACUUCCACUGUUCUGAGCUCUCCAUUGGCAAGAAGUCCCCCAAACUGGCCUCCAUCCACAGGCGAGAGGAGAAUGUUUUUGUGUGCGACCUUGUGGACAGCUGUGUUCCUGGGAUCCCAGCUGACAUCUGGACAGGGCUUCAUGACCACAGCCAGGAAGGGCAGUUUGAAUGGACCGACGGCUCAUCCUGUGACUACAGCUGCUGGGAUGGGAGGCAGCCAGAUGACAGCGUCCAUGCGGACCCGGGAGAGGAGUCUUGCCUGCAGAUACGGCAACGGCCCACAGCUCUGAGGUCAUGGAAUGAUAACACCUGCAGCCGGAGGUUCCCCUUUGUCUGCAAGAUUGCAUUUCUGACUGUUCAAUGA